AUGUCAGAAGCUUCCUCCCACGACUCCUUCUACGACUCCCAGUCGGACAUGCAGGAAGCCAGCAAGAGCACGGACUUCUUCCCCCAGCUCUCUGCUUUCCUCAGCCAGGAAGAGAUAAACAAGAGUCUUGACCUGGCCCGCCGAGCCAUAGUCAACUCAGAGGCUGAAGACGGGGACUCGGAAAAGGAGAUCUCGCAGAUUCUCAGCCCUUCUCCUGGCAGUCUCUGUGACAAUCCCUCGGGCCAGGCGUCCACGCUGGCUGAGCCGGCGUCUGCGGGGACAGAGCGGGACCCCGGUCCCACCCCCGGGCAGCCUCUGCCCAGAGAACAAACGGGGAGCAGCUCCCCUCACCUGUGCAAGAGGAACUCUGCCCUGUCCCCGCUGCUCGCCAGCCCCAGCUACAUCCGGAGCCUGCGGAAGGCGGACAAGCACGGUGCCAACGCUGCCCCGGCCAGCGCCAGGCCCGCGCAGGCCUGCCCGGGGAAACCUGGUCCCCAGAGCCAGCUGUGCGACAAGGCGGCCAAUUUCAUCGAGGAGUUGACAUCCAUCUUCAGAGAAGCGGCCAAGCCGAGAAAUAGAAGCCCCAACGGGGAGUCUUCCUCCCCGGACAGCGGGUACCUGUCUCCCAGAAAUCAGCCCUCGGCCCUGAGGAGCGCCUUGGCCAGCCAGAGCCCCACGCAGGAGCAGCAGGACCUGGAAGCCGAGGCCAAGGCGGUGGCUGAGGCCACUCCCUGCUUCCACCAGGCCGAGCAGGCCCCGGCGGGGCCACCAAGCCCCAGUGCAUCACUCCCGCAGGCCCAGAUGCAGCCCCUGCAGCUCCCAUCCGCGCCCCGGUUCAUCCAGAAGCUGAGGAGCCAAGAAGUGCAGGAAGGGAGUCAAGUCUACUUGGAAUGUCGCGUCACUGGCAGCCCAGCUCCCCGGGUCAGAUGGUUCUGUGAAGGCAAAGAGCUGUCUAACACCCCCGAUGUUCAAAUCCGCGCUGAGGGUGGGGUGCACACCCUGACCAUAGCAGAAGCCUUUGAGGACGACACGGGCCGCUAUUCCUGUCUCGCUACAAACCCCAGUGGCUCCGACACAACAUCUGCAGAGGUGUUCAUUGAAGGUACAAGCUCAACAGAUUCAGACAGUGAAAGUUUAGUUUUCAAAUCAAAAGCUGGAGCUAUGCCACAGGCUCAAAAGAAAACAACUUCUGUUUCCUUGACAAUAGGAUCAUCAUCUCCAAAGACUGGAGUGACCACAGCUGUGAUUCAACCAUUAUCUGUCCCUGUUCAACAGGUUCACAGUCCAACUUCAUAUCUCUGCAGACCUGAUGGAACCACUUCUGCCUUUUUUCCUCCUGUUUUUACAAAGGAACUGCAGAACAUAGCAGCAUCAGAGGGUCAGGUGGUGGUUCUGGAGUGCCGUGUCCGAGGAGCACCCCCUUUGCAGGUCCAGUGGUUCCGACAAGGGAGUGAAAUCCAAGACUCUCCAGAUUUCCGAAUCCUGCAAAAAAAACCUCGAUCCACAGUUGAACCUGAGGAGAUCUGUACCCUGGUGAUCGCUGAGACUUUCCCUGAAGAUGCAGGAAUUUUUGCAUGCAUGGCACGGAAUGAUUUCGGAUCUGUCACCAGCACUGCCCAGCUGCUUGUCACCUCAGCCAACACUGAAAACUGUGGCUAUGACUCAAUGGGAGAAUCCAACAGUGAUCACUUCCAGCAUUUUCCACCUCCCCCACCCAUUUUGGAGACAAGUUCCUUUGAGUUGGCUUCAAAGAAACCAGCUGAGCUUCAGCAGGUGAACAGCCCUGAGUUCGGAUUUAGCAUGGCAGCCCUUCAAAUGCAAUUCAGUUCUGCUGAGAGUGAAACUAAUGGAGUACACCCCAACCAUGUGGUAAAUGGACUGAUUAACGGCAAAGCUAACACCAAUAAAUCUCUUCAAACACCAGCUGUCCUGCUUUCACCCACUAAGGAGCCACCACCUCUGCUUGCCAAACCCAAACUGGACCCCGCGCAGCUGCAGCAGCUGCAGAACCAGAUCCGCCUGGAGCAGGAGGCCGCGCGCAGUGCGCCGCCCUCGCCGCCCUUCCCGCCGCCGCCGCCCGCCUUCCCCGAGCUCGAGCUCGCCACCUGCCCGGAGCCCAUGAGCGCGCUGGCGUCCCGCGCGGCCGCCGCCUCCAUGCAGCCCUCCGGCUCCUUCAACUACGCGCGCCCCAAGCAGUUCAUCGCGGCGCAGAACCUGGGGCCCGCGUCGGCGCACGGCACGCCCGCGUCCAGCCCCAGCUCGUCCAGCCUGCCCUCGCCGCUGUCCCCGACGCCCAAGCCCUUCGGCCGCGCCAACGCGCCCCCCUUCACGCCCGAGCCCGACACGCCCUGGGGCCCGUCCUCGCCGUCGCCCCCGCCGCCGCCGCCCCCGGUCUUCAGCCCCGGUGCCGCCUUCUCGGUGCCCGACGUCUUCCCGCUGCCACCGCCGCCGCCGCCGCCGCUCCCAGGCGCCCACUGCGCCUCGACCACCCCCGCCCGCUUCGGGCCCGGCCAGACGCCCGCCGCCUUUCUCAGCGCGCUGCUGCCCUCGCAGGCCCCGCCAGUGGCCGUCAACGCCCUGGGCCUGCCCAAGGGCGUCACCCCCGCGGGAUUUCCGAAGAAAGUCAACAGAACUGCCAGGAUAGCCUCUGACGAAGAGAUUCAGGGUUCCAAGGACGCUGUCAUCCAAGACCUGGAACGGAAGCUGCGCUUUAAGGAGGACCUCCUAAACAACGGGCAGCCGAGGUUAACCUAUGAAGAGAGAAUGGCCCGUCGAUUGCUAGGCGCUGAGAGUGCAACAGUUUUGGCUGUUCCCGAGCAGGAAGAGGAAAUAGCCAAUCAGGAAAUUGGGUCUCCUCGGGCUUCGGUAGGGAGUCCUCAGGAUUGUCAAAAGGAAUACAAAGUCUCCAGCUGUGAACAAAGACUCAUCAGUGAAAUUGAGUAUAGACUAGAAAGGUCUCCUGUGGAUGAAUCGGGUGAUGACAUUCAGUAUGGAGAUACGCCUGUCGAAAAUGGCAUGGCCCCAUUCUUUGAGAUGAAGCUCAAGCAUUACAAGAUCUUUGAGGGGAUGCCUGUAACUUUCGCUUGCAGAGUGGCUGGGAAUCCAAAGCCAAAGAUAUACUGGUUUAAGGAUGGGAAGCAGAUCUCGCCAAAGAACGACCACUACAUCCUUCAGAGAGAUCUGGACGGGACCUGCUCGCUCCACACCUCGGCCUCAACCCUGGACGAUGACGGCAACUACACGAUCAUGGCUGCCAACCCCCAGGGCCGCAUCAGCUGUACCGGACGGCUAAUGGUACAGGCUGUCAACCAGAGAGGCCGAAGUCCCCGCUCGCCCUCCGGCCAUCCUCAUGCCAGAAGACCUCGCUCUAGAUCAAGGGACAGUGCAGAUGAAAAUGAACCCAUUCAGGAGAGAUUCUUCAGGCCUCACUUCUUGCAAGCACCCGGAGAUCUCACUGUUCAAGAAGGAAAACUCUGCAGAAUGGAUUGCAAAGUCAGUGGGUUACCCACCCCAGAUCUGAGCUGGCAACUCGACGGGAAGCCCAUCCGGCCUGACAGCGCGCACAAGAUGCUGGUGCGUGAGAAUGGGGUCCACUCACUCAUCAUCGAACCCGUCACGGCCAGAGACGCGGGCAUCUACACGUGCAUCGCAACCAACCGCGCAGGGCAGAACUCCUUCAGCCUGGAGCUCGUCGUUGCAGCCAAGGAGGCGCACAGAGCCCCUGUGUUCGUGGAGAAGCUGCAGAACACGGGCGUGGCCGACGGGUACCCAGUUCGACUUGAGUGCCGUGUGCUGGGCGCGCCCCCGCCGCAGAUCUUUUGGAAGAAAGAAAAUGAGUCCCUGACUCACAGCACUGACCGUGUGAGCAUGCACCAGGAUAAUCACGGCUACAUCUGCCUGCUCAUUCAGGGAGCCACAAAAGAAGAUGCUGGAUGGUAUACAGUGUCAGCCAAGAACGGAGCGGGCAUUGUGUCCUGCACUGCCAGGCUGGACGUUUACACCCAGUGGCAUCAGCAGCCACAAAGCACUAAGCCAAAGAAAGUACGGCCCUCAGCCAGCCGCUAUGCAGCACUUUCGGACCAGGGACUAGACAUCAAAGCAGCUUUCCAACCUGAGGCCAACGCGUCUCACCUGACCCUGAACAGCGGCUUGGUGGAAAGCGAAGACCUGUAACCCCACAGUCUCGCAAAAGUGGAAAUAACCAGUGCCUUGACCAACUUGCAUUCCCUCAUCACAUUAUGUAAAGAGCAAAUGCAUACCUUUGUCUGUAGGGAGAAAGGAACACCAAAACAAUAAUCGCGUUACUUGGUAUACCAAACUUAGAAUUUUAGUAGGUGAUGCUGCAUAAAAAUGUACACAUUGCACAGAAAACUCACCUUCGUCAUCCAGCGGACAAUGUUUGGAAUUGCUGUGAUUUAAAGAGGUCUGAAAAGCCAAAUGCUGUAAAGGAGAUCAGUUGUUCUAAGGUAAACACAAUGUUUAAUAUCCAAAGUGCCUUUAAACAUUAGCUCUGGGUGCUGCAUACCACGAUAAUGUGGGCUGCAUAACAUGAGCAAUUGUACCACAAAUAAUAAACAGAUAAGUCUCAAGGGGCAGUGUAUUCUGACAGCUACCGUGAACCAAGUGCAAUAUGUAAGGGGGAAACAGAAGCAGGGAGGACAAAGAAAUCCAAGAAAAUGCCUUGUCUUUGCAAAUCAGAAAGAAGGAGUGAAUUAAAUUUUGUGCACAUCAAAUUUUCUAACAGGGCUAAUAAAUUUCUAAUGGGGCUAAAAACCUCUAAUUUUUGACCUUUUCUUUUUAUGUGUAGUGAGUGGUCUCUUUUCAUUCUACGUUCGUAGGAAGCUUAUUGACAUCCCACAUUAAAAGGCUAAGUUAAAUAUAAAGAAUUCAGAAUAAAGCAGAACUAAUUACACUCCAUUCCAAGAAAGGUAUCCAAAGCACCCACAUGACCAAGGCAUAGCAUUUGGAAGAAAGGGGUUUGGCAGGGAAGGGAAAGAAGGGAUUAUUACCAGCACACUAAGACUAUAUUCAUUUAGAGAAACUUGUAUCGGGGGCAAGAGAUAUGGACAAGGCCAGGCUUUUCUUUGGUUUUCUUCAAACACAAAACAAAAUGCAGGUGAAAAGCACCGCCAUUCAGAAGCCAGGGGUCCAGGGUCAACGGGAAGUUUGGAGCACAUGUGCUAUGGACAUUUCAGUGUGUCUUGAAGUCUGUGUCAUAGUUGAAGAUUUUAGGUGUGUAGAGCAAGUUGAAAAUGGAAUGAGACUGCAAGAUUGGCAUAAAUGAGAAACUGUCUGUAGGAGUUAGUCUACCGGAAGGAAAUGGAGGCUUAGGGAAGACAAAAACAGAUUUGUGGCAUAUUUUUUUUUUGGUUUUAUUUUUUUAAUAGUAGUACCAAGAUUUGGUGAAUGGAAAAUACUGGUUCCAUUCCACAUUACCACGCAACCUUGGCUUACAAAGGUGCUAGGUUCCAAAUAGUUUGUAAAGGCAUCAGCAAAGAUGGAUUGUUGCUGUCAUUUUUGUUUUUGUUUUUAAUGCAUAUGAUUCUGCAUCAGCUAGAUUGAGGUGAUUCUGACCAGACUUGAUGGUUUUAAGUCGGAACCAAUAACUUUUUAAAGGAGAAGAAAUAAUUUGGCCUACUAUUAUAAAACAUGAGGCUUAAUGGUACUUUGCUAUGAAAAGAAAACACUGUAUUCCUUUUGCAAAACACAUUUAUCUUUCACUAUUUAUAAUAAAAAUGCUGCAGAACUA